CUCUCUCCAGAGGGUCACAGGUCAUCAUCUCUGCCCCCCAGAGCACAGAGAGCCGUUCUUCUCGCCACACCCACAAAGAGAGACACAUUACUCAUGCCUCUCUCAGCCAAGUCCAGUCCCAAGCGCUGCCCGACUGAGAACUUCUCCACCGCGUUGGGUCACCCUCUUCCAUCCCAAGAGCACCUGCAGAGCAGGUUUGAUGUUUUUGAUCGAAAUGGCAUCAGCUCCUCUUUACCGUCCCAUCCGAGUCCAAGGAAGAGGUUACAGUUUAAGGCUUCUGAUAGACUGGAAGAAAACUCGUCUGAGCCUGCAGAGAGCAGUGAGUCUGAGGAGCCUGCGGUUGGACUCAGCUGGGACGAACAGGAAGCUGCCGGUGAAGAGACGGCCCUCUCCAGUCAGCCUCGCAUUCAGUCGCUGGCUGACGCAGAGCGCCUCUUUGAUGAGCUCACGCAGGAAAAGCAGCAGAUUGAGGCAGCACUGAGCCGGAUUCCAGGAGCCGGGGCCCGGGUCACGUUGCAGACCAGGUUAGACGAGGUGGGACUGUAGAAUCGCCUAGAAAAGGUGAACCGCGACCUCGGGUUCAUCCGCAUGACUCUGAAACGAUUCAACAUCCUGCGAUCUUCUGCCAACAUAUAGCCAACGGCUGCUGUGAACUGUCAUGAAUCAUGAUCUUUACCCUGGACUAUAUGAAUUAAUAUUACAAUGGAACAGUUGUUACACUGUACAGACUCCGAUAUGUACAUGUUCAGUAAAUAUUUCUACUUUUAUUACUGUAGGAUCUAUUUUGUAUGUUUUAUUACAUGGUGAACAUACUAUAAAGUAUAUUUUAAUAAUGCCUAGAUUUGUAAAGAUAUUUACUUUUUUAAUGUCACAGAAAUAUGGGAAAUUGUAUGCUCGACUCGAUAUUUUUUAUUUUAUUUGUUUGCUGCUGAUUUAAAUGAAUGGCAAAAGUUCAGACCUGCAGGGCAGCUCAUUUGCAUAUACUUCCAUUCCACUAUGUGUCUUACGACUCUUAAUUUAAAUAACACUUGAAAAGGUUUAUAACUCGCUCAAAUAUCAGGCUUUCACUGUCUGUGGCAUGUUCAUUAAUUUACGUGAUAACAUUGCCUGUGCCAUACGUGAGCAGAGAAUGAUAGCACAUAUCUGCUAAUAAGAAGAGUAGAGUUAAAUUGCCUUGUCGAAAUCAUCUCACGCAAAGAACACAAACCCAAACCAGCACCGACUGUUUACACAUGAUUAUCAAAGCUAGACCUCUGACAUUUUCCAGUGCAGCACAGGAUGUACUGCUUACUUUGAUGCAUGAAAUUUGAAAUAUGCUCUUCUCUGCUUUUCCAUUGUUAGCUGUUGACUGUUCAGUUUUUUUUUCCCUGUAGCUCAUGUAAUCUAUUUAACUGUUGCACAAAAUGUUCCACAAUUAAA